UAAAUUAAUGUUUUCAUAUAAUUCCAGAUUUUAUAAAUAGGAACUUUAUAAACAAACAAUGGCUGAAAAACUCGAAGAUUUGAAUUUACCACUCACAGUUGUAACUAGAAUCGUAAAAGAAGCUCUUCCCAGUGGUGUAUCGAUUUCAAAAGAGGCGCGAACUGGCCUCGCUAAGGCGGCUUCAGUUUUUGUACUUUAUGUGACUUCAGCAGCUACAAAUAUUGUUAAGAACAAAAAAAGGAAGGCUCUCACUGGGCAGGAUGUAAUAGAUGCUAUGAAAGACAUAGAGUUUGAUAGAUUUGUGGAACCUUUAGGAGAAGCUCUGGAACAUUACAAGACCAUGGCUUCGGCACGAAAAUCCGCUUCUAUGAAGAAAAAAGAUGAACAAGAAGACGCUGAGGUUAUAGAAGACGAUUGAAUACUACUGCGACUUGAGUUUAAAAUGUAUAGUGGCGCUUAGUGGUGUAUAUUCAGAAACUGUGCUGAAAAACUAUAUGAAAUAAGUUCAAAGAACCAAUGCCUGUGUUACAAAAGUGAUAAAUGUUUAAAUGAAACAAGUUUCCCAUGAACAUUCACAACAAUUACCUUGCAAUAAUUAAUCAGUUGGUAAUAAUGUAUGAAGUGUUUUAAAAUUAAAUAAACUUUUAUUAAAAACAAGUAAACUUCAAAAGCAUCCCAAAAUGAAUUGUGUCCACUUACUUUUACAUCAGUAAAUUAACUACAAUUAAAACUUAGAACUUCUCAAAAUUUGUUUUUGCAAUUUGCUAAAAUUAAAAGUAUUUUAUUUGAUUUAUUACUGAUAUUUUUCUAAA